AUGGCUGACGGUGCAGAUUUUUGGGUCUCUGAAUCUGCAGAGAAAACCCUGGCAGAAGCAAAAAAUGAUGCAAGCGAGAUCGUUGAAAUGAUCGAAAGCAUUGAGAGUGUUACUCCCCAAAUCUUGCUGGAAUUUUACGAAGUCCUCGAGGUGAAUACCAACAAUUUGCGUACUUUAUUAGAUGGGGUGAAGAUCACCCGAACCAUGGUGGGAAACAACGAUGGAGAAGGUUUACGGGUUCCAGCUGAAGUGGAGAACACCAUUGCCAAAGCAACGUUUCUUGUUGGACGAAUUGCUGUUCUUGCCGUUCAAUUGAAGACUACGCCUUUCAAGGAAUUGAAUGCACAUCACAGAAAAUUGCUCAAACAAGCCAGAGAAGCUUACGAUUUACUGGCAGAAGUUGAGGUGAAGUCCUCCGAGUCUGAAAAGGAGGAAGAAGUGAAGAGGGAGACCCCAACCAUCGACGAAGACGCAUCACUUCCACUUGACAGCGGGAUUGCUACCAAGUCCAAGGCAAAGACAACAAGACCAGUUGACGACAAGCAAGCAUCCGGACCACGCAGAAUCACUCGUCGAAAAGCGCGUAUGGGAAACUUAGAUUCUCCCAUCGUGCUCGCAUCAGACGAUGAGAAAUCAAGCGAUGACGACGAUGAGAAUGACGAGGAUUGGCGUCUUUCAAGUCCGAUCAAGAAAAAGCGUGAUAAAAGACGUCGUACCAAUGGCAAGGAGAAACCGUCAACGAGCAAAACCAUGCUGAACAGCGAUUUAGACUCUGACGAGACCAUUUGA